UGGAAGCGGAGACUCGUCUUGACUUUCCCCUCCUCUUCCCAUUUCGAAUCCUUUCUUGCCCACCUCACCUUCCUGCGCCCGAGUGCGCAGGUGCCAGGGAUAACGACCUCUACUGGUCGGUGCCCUUGCCCUUCUCUCCUUCUGCAGCAUCUGUCUGUCACAUCAAAUCAUGGCCACCUUGGAUGACAGCUCUACGCCCAACGACACGGGCGCUCCCAAGCCGUCAGUGCUGAUAGUUGGGGGUCUUGGAUACAUCGGUCGCUUCCUCGCAAAGUACAUACAUUCGCAUAACCUAGCGUCUUCUGUCCGCAUUGUCGACAAGAUCCUGCCCCAACUAGCGCAUCUUGCUCCAGAGUUCCAGGAGGCAUGUUCGCCCAAGAUUUUCAUACAAGCCGACGCCUCACGCGAUACGUCCAUGGACCGCAUCUUUGACCACCCUGACGGACCUGACGCCACUUGGGACUACGUCUUCAAUCUUGCUGGCGAAACCGCCUGGUCACAAACUCCGGAAAUAUACAAAUUGCGAUCAUGGCAAGUCAGCGUCACGUUAGCGAAAGAGGCGGCAAAGCGCAAGGUCAAGGCAUUCGUCGAAGUCAGCACUGGGAUGGUUUAUGCUCCUAACCGCACACCUCGAACGGAGCAAGAUAAGCUAAAACCUUGGCUGAAGCUUGCCCGGGUCAAGCUGGAAGCUGAGCAAGAGCUGGCGCGCAUACCAGGCCUGAACCUAGUCAUUCUCCGUCCGGCGCAUGCAUACGGAGAGUACGAUUCCAAAUUCGUAGCGAAAGCACUUUGUUUAGCGCGAGUCUACCAAGAACAGCAGAAGGAAAUGAAAUGGUUGUGGACGGAGGAUCUGAAGAUCAAUACCGUCCAUGUGGAGGACAUGGCCCGAGCGUUGUGGGCUGCUGCACAAUGGAGAUCCACCAACUCGACCCUUCCUUCCGGGUCGCCUACGACUAGCAGAAGACCGACACUGGGCUCGAAAGGAGAAGAAGCGCCGACGGGCGUCCCUGUCUUCAACAUCGUCGACCACGGACAGACGAGUCAAGGCGAUCUCGCUGACGUCAUCUCAAAGGUGUUCAAUAUCAAGACCGGGUUCCAGGGAUCGUUGAUCUCCCAGUUUGCAAAGAUGAACCUCGAACACGUAGUGGACGACUUGAACGAGGACAUCCUUCAGCCUUGGGCCGAUAUGCUGGAACAAAAGGGCAUCACUAAGCCCGGCCCUCUCAGUCCAUUUCUAGAAAAAGAGCUACUCAAGGACGCAGACCUCAGUCUUGAUGGCAGUCUGUUCGAAAAGGUUGUGGGAUUCCAGUACCAACACGACAAGGGACUAACUGUUGAAGGCAUCAAGCAGAUGGUGGCGAGCUAUGAGAGGAUGGGAUGGUGGCCUUCAUGUUGAAUUAGACAUGCCAAUCGUGUCUUUAGCGUACGGUGAUCAGUCCGCUUACUAUCUUGAUGUAACGGCCUUUUUGUGUAAUGGAAUGAGAUUAUCAUGAAGGAAAAGCACGACUUCAAUACUCAUUCUCUGUCUUUAGCAUUGCCGUCCUGG